AUGCCAUCUGGCGAAGGGUAUAUGAGGGCGAAGGCCAUGCUACAAGAGAGGUUUGGUACACCCUUCAUGAUAGCUGAUGCAUGGAUCAGGAAAGUGACCGGAGGGCGGAAGAUCACCGGACGGGACAAGAGGGCCCUAAGAGAAUUCGCAGAUGAACUGCAAGUUUGCUCACUGACUUUAGAUGCCAUGGGUUACAUUGGCGAUUUGUCACCACAGUUAGUCCUUGUCCAGAUAGUUGAACGACUACCACUAUACUUAUGCGGGAGAUGGCUGAGUGUGGUACGAAGAAUCAGGCGAGAGGAUAGACUUCCUAACAUAUUUGACCUGGUGGAUUUUGUCCAAGGUGCAGCCGACGAGGAGAAUGAUCCGGUCUACGGAAGGCUUCUUACCAAGGAUCAGGGCGGUAGAGGCAUCUCCCAGAACAAGAAGUCGACAGGACUGAAGAAGGGUGCUUUCUCCACGACAGCCACAGGCAAUGAUGUGACACCACAGCUGUGUGUGAUAUGCAAGGAAUCGCACAGUCUGUUUGGCUGUGACAAGUUCAAACGAAUGCAGCUAGAUGACCGGCUGAAACUGGUGAGGGAAAACAGGCUUUGUUUUAACUGUUUGGAGAAGGGACACAUGUCGAGAAACUGUAAACUAAAGAGGGUAUGUUCAGUUUACGGAUGCAACAGGAAACAUACUAAGUUUCUCCAUCAGCAGAAACCAGAACAACCUCAGCAAGCACAAGAGGAAGCUGUUGGUCCUUCACCUGAGAAGAUUGAGAGUCAUGUCACAGGGGCCGGGAACAUGAAGGUGCUAUUGCCAAUCGUUCCUGUCUGGGUUUAUGCGGCAGGCAGUAAUAUUGGUGUAGAGACUCUAGCACUGUUGGAUUCAGGCUCGACAAGUACCUUCUGUACCAAGAAGUUGGCAGCAAGAGUGAAAGCAAGUGGAUUGUCCAGUAUAGUGUCUGUCUCAACUCUGGAAAGAGCCAACAGCGAACUUCAGACCAGUGUUGUAAGCCUGAAAGUUGCAGCAAAGUCAUCAUCCAGGAUGGUAAAUCUCUCUAAAGUCUAUACCAAGACAGACAUUAACAUUAACUCAGAUCACCUGCUAAUGAAAGAGGAUGUUGACAAACUCCAACAUCUCACAGAUGUCGACUUUCCAUCGACUACCAAACUGCAGGUGGAUCUCCUGAUUGGGCAAGAUUAUCCAGAGCUUAUUUGUCCUCUCGAGAUACGACGUGGCGAGCCAAGAGACCCUUAUGCAGUAAGGACAGUGCUGGGGUGGACCCUGAAUGGGCCGGUUCAGAGUGAUGGUAGGAAGAUGGCUGUAACAUCACACUAUAUCUCAGAUGAAAUAUCCCUUGAAGACCAAUGUAAGCUGUUUUGGUCUCUAGAAGGCAUUGAAACCCUCCAUUGUGAUGCUAAAGGAAUGUCAGUCAAGGACCGAGAGGUAUUGAAGCUAUGGGAGGACAAUGUGGUAAUGAAUGGAGGUCACUAUCAACUGCCCAUACCAUUCAAAGAACGACCCCCGCCACUUUGUGACAAUAGAUGGAUGGCCCAGCAGAGACUCCAUUCACUUAGAAGACGACUUCUCAGGGAUACGGCAAUGCAUGCUAAGUAUUCACAGGGCAUGGCUGACCUAGUUGCCAAGGGCUACGCCGAGGAAGUUGAUGAAACUCAACCGCCAAAUGGAACUUGUUGGUACCUACCACAUCACCCAGUGAUAAAUCCGAAGAAGCCAGACAAACUUCGGAUUGUGUUUGAUUGUGCUGCCAAGUGCUUAGGAGUUGGUCUGAACGAUGUGGUGAUGCAAGGGCCGGAUCUGACCAACAAGUUGACUGGUGUACUUCUUCGAUUUCGUCGAGCACCAAUUGCCAUCAUGGCUGACGUGGAAGCCAUGUUCCGCCAGGUAACAGUUCAUCCAGAUGAACGAGAUGUACUUCGCUUCUUGUGGUGGCCUGAUGGAAGAGUGGAUGAAGAUCCUAAGACCUACAGGAUGUGUGUGCACCUGUUUGGGGGUACAUGGAGCCCCAGCUGUUGCUCGUUUGCCAUGCGGCAAACAGCAAAGGACUAUGGAGAUCAGUGCAAUACACAAGCACCAAGAGUAGUAGAGAUGAAUUUCUACGUAGACGACUGCCUGGUCUCUGUUGAAGAGGAAGAUGAAGCUAUAAGACUGGCAUCAGAAUUGAGAACCUUGUUGCAGAAGGGUGGAUUUCGACUCGCUAAGUGGAUGAGUAGCAACAAGAGUUCUGCAAACCAUACCAGUACAAGAUCGGGCCAAGCAAGUGGUUGGACUCGACCUGAACUUUGA